AUGUCUCCAUUUUUCUCUUUAUUUUUAUUUUUAUUAUUUUGUCUAUCUAAUAAUGAAACAGCUAAAAUUCUUUUUACUUUUUAUCAUGAUCGAGGUAGCCAUUUUGGAUCAAUGCUGCCUUUGAUGGAAAAAUUAGCCUCUAAUGGUCAUUCAGUUUUUGUUUUGGAUACUAUAUUUUCAACAAAUAAAUCGAAAUUAAUUAAUUAUCAUCGAGCACAAUUGCCACAGGACGAUGAAGGGGAAGAAGCUAAAAAGGCUUUUGCUGAUUUCUUUUGGUAUGAAACAGAUUCUUCUGUUACUCUUGAUGAAUUUUUUGAACAUGGAGACAAUAAAAUUGGAAUAUUAAUGAUUAACCACACAGAAAAGGCAAAAAUAAUAUUAAAAAUAUUUUGA